AUGUUACUUUUAUCAAGAGUGAAUAUAAUUUAUGGAUUUGAUGCAGGUUUUAUCGAACUAUCAUCUUCUCGUCAAAAUGAUAAAGAUACAACGCAUUAUGGUAUAACUGUCUGUGCACUUUGUCGUGUAACAAUUGACUAUUUAAAAUCAGCAUAUAAUAUCGAUACAACAUAUUUAGAAAUAAAAUUUAAUGAAAUAAAUGGUCAAUGUCAAGGAAACAUUGUUAACGAUAUAAUCAAUUUAUUAAGAAGUUCUCAAGCAAAAGGUAUUAAUCCAUGGCUUUAUUCAACAACAAUUAAAACAAUAGCAUCAGCAAAUACAAAAACAGAUUUAAAAGAAAUGUUUAAAGAAGAAAGUCAUUUUGAUAGUGAAACAUUUGUUCAAGGAUCAAAAUUAAUAAUGAAAAGAUAUCAAACAAUAUUAGAUGCAAUUAUAAAAGUUGAUAAUUAUGAUCAAGGACGUAAAACAUUUGGAGAAAUGUUACAUACAAUACAAGAUUUUUAUAGUCAUACAAAUUUUAUUGAACUUGAAUAUACAUCACCAAGUGAUGUUCUUGGUAAAAGAAUUUUUCAAGAAAAUGAAUAUGCACCGAUUAAUAUGAGAACAUGUAUUAGUUGUACAGGUCAACAAUGUCAAAUAAAUACAAAUUUAGAUGAAAAUAUUCAGAAAAAUAAAUUACUUACAAGUGGAUAUUUUAUACCAAUUGGUUUUAAUUUAUUUAAAAAAUCAAAACCAAAAGGAAAAUGUUCACAUGGAGGUUCUUUUGAUAGUUCACAAAAUGAUGAACCAAUAGGUGGUAUUAAUAAAGAUAAAUUAAAUUCAGUUCAUGGUCAUUUACAUUCUCAAGCAGCAUCUAUGGCUUAUAAAGCUACUCUUAAUAUUUUAACACAACUUCGAAAAGAUAUUGGUGAUGAAUCAUUUGGUUUAUUUUUAACAUUAAAAAAAAAUCUAAAUAGUCUUAUUAUAUCAAUUGAUACAUCGUGUUCCAUUGAUAAUUAUAUCGAUUUAGCUAAAGAUAUAUCAACUAAUAUUAUUAAUCAAUAUGGUCAAUUAGAAUUUGCUCCACAUAAUUAUAUAUUAAUAUCAUUUAAUAGUGAUUAUGCUAAGUUAAUUAUUAAUUCUCGUAAUCCAAAUGAUUUAAUUACUAGUCUUCAAAAAUUAAAUUCAUGUGAAAUUAAUAAUUCAACAUUAGGUCAAAUGUAUUAUCAUAGUCUUGUUGAAGGAUUAAAACAAUCUGAAUCUUCAUCAGUCUUUUAUACAUUUACUGAUUCACCAGCAAGAGAUGCUUAUUUUAAAUAUAAAGCACGUGCUUUACUUCGAAAUAAACAUCUUGUUAUUUAUUCAUUUUUGGGUCAACAAAUAAAGAAAUUUUUAUUUAAAAGACAAUUUGAUCUUAUUGAUCAAUUAGAUGGAAAUGAUGAUGAUACAGAUUUAGCAUCGAUUAGUGGUGGUCUUACGUAUCCUAUUAGUGUUAAUGAUCGACCUGUUAUUUUAGAAUUUAUUCUUCGUCGAUUAGAAUGGACAAAAUUGCAAAAUUUAGUUAUUGUUAAAUCUAAUUUGAUAUCAAUUACAUUUCAUGUUGAUUCAUCUAUUGAUGAACUUCAUAUUGAUAUAUCAUCAAUAGGUGAAAUAACUGAUAUCAGUCAAAUUACAUUAUAUAGACCAGAUAAUUCUCUUUAUCCAUUGACUACAAAUCUUAAUAAGACAAAACAUUUGUAUAUGUGGAAAAUUUUACAACCACAUGUUGGUCAAUGGCGUUUAACAACAUCACAAUUAUUACAAGAAUUUGAUCAUAAUGUACAAAUUCAAGGUAAAUCAAGUAUUGUCUGUUCAUCUAGUUUACAGAAAGAAAUGGAAGCAAAUCCAGAUAGUAAUGGUUAUACAGAAUUAACAACAGAACCUCUUAUCAAUUCUAGUUUACUUAUUUUGACGACAUGUGAAAAUGUCAACUUUACUUAUGCUAAUAUUUCUCUUAUCAAUUCAUCAGGUCAAACAAUUGAAAGUUAUUUACCCUUACAAUCAGAUCAUAUUGAAAUAUUAACAAAAAUUCGUGUUCCUCAACAACCAUUUCGAAUUCAAACAAUUCUUCAAUUAGCUAAUGGUAUUAAAAUUCAACGAAGUGAAAAACAACUUAUUUCACCAACAAUGUUUACUAUUGAAUUAAUAAAUCAACCAUAUAUGUUAUCAGUCGGUGAGACAAUUCAAAUGAAUUAUACAAUAAACACUUCAUUAUCUGAACAAGUUCGUGUACGUUUACAAAUAAGUGAUACAUUAAAUUUAAUGGGUUCUGAUGGUAUUGAGAAAAAUUUAACAUUUACUAAAGAAAUAUCUCAAAUGAAUUUAUUUACAUUACCGAAAGAUUUUCAAGAAAAAUCAAUAAAUGAUAUGGUUAUAUUUGCUUUGUCAACAUAUAACAACAAAACAAAUAAAGUUUCGUAUGAAAAUGAUGAUAUUGUACCUGUUUAUUUCGAAUUAAAUUCAGCUUCCAUUCCAAAGACAAUUAAUUAUUUUAUCUUUUUUCUUCUAUCGACUUUUUUCUAUCAAAUUCAUUUAUAA